GCUUAUAGUAUGAUAACUGAUAAGAAAUAUUUGUUUGGAGGAAGGACAGGAUAGGACGUUGUUAUCUUUCAUGUUUGAACUAUUCGAAGUAAUCGGAUAAAUGUUUGAAAAUGCGUUCGUGAAUUCGUGAUAACAUAAGAGUUAUAAAAUUAAUUUUUUGAUUUUUACUUUUAAGUUUGUUCAUUGUUGUUACGUAAUCGAAUUGCAUACAAGUGUAUAAUAGAUGGUUAAAAUUCUAAUUGUGUACACUUACGGCAUACCAGUAUUGUAUUCAUAGUUCCUGUUCGUUUUGCAUUACGUUAUAUUAAAUGUAGUAUGACAGUAUCGCCCUUUUGACAGUUACUGAUUAUUGAUAUGACUGAUACGCAUGACCAAUUUUUAGUUGAAGAUGAUGAAAUAUUAGCUUCUAUAUUAGAAGAAAGUUUAAGACAUUAUAAUGAAGUGGAAGUACCGUUACGGUCUAUUACUUUGAAAGAAUUAUCUUCUACACGACCUACACAGUCUAUUGAUGUGAACAAAGUACUUCCUACACAAACUAUUGUUGAGGAUGAAGUACCACAACAGUCUAUUGGCAAAAAUUCUGUACUUAAAUUAAGUAGCGCCGCACCACCAGUAGUAAUAGACUUGUGCGAAUCACCUAAGAAAUGUGCUGUUGUCCAAAGCAGAUUAUCACAUUUUUUUACAAAACCUAAAAGUGUUAAAGUAUGCGAUGAAAAAAUUAAUAGUGAAUUAGAAAAUCAAACUGAAAAAUUAUCUAUAGAAGUAAAUUCUUCGCCAGUACAGAAUAAUGUCAGCAUUAUUAGUUCACCAGCGAUUUUCUAUAAAGAACCGGAUGCAGAUGGUUUUCAUUUAUCUUCCGGUUCACAUUAUGUGUACCCCUCAAAUUUUCCAGUCAGAGAAUAUCAAAUGACAAUCAUCAAAACAGCUUUAUUUCAUAAUACUCUAGUCAGCUUGCCUACAGGCAUGGGGAAAACAUUCAUAGCUGCUGUGGUCAUGUACAACUUCUACCGAUGGUAUCCAAUGGGUAAAAUAAUAUUUAUGGCGCCGACAAGACCAUUAGUCGCCCAACAAAUUGAAGCAUGUCACUCGAUAAUGGGUAUUCCUAGGGACAUGACAUUUGAAAUGACUGGCAAUAUCCCACCCGAACAAAGAUAUUUAGCUUGGAAUAAAUACAGAGUAUUUUUUCUUACACCUCAAGUUCUAGCUAAUGAUUUAAGUCUUAAUAAGUGUCCAUCAGAUACAUUCAGAUGUAUUAUUGUUGACGAAGCACAUCGAGCUACCAAAGAUUAUGCUUAUGUUCAGGUUUUAAAGCAUUUAGCCGAAGAAAACCGAGUAAUUAGAAUUGUUGGAUUAUCAGCUACUCCUGGAACUAAUAUAGAUGCAGUCACUGAGGUGAUUCAAAAUUUAAACAUAUCAAGAUUAGAGUUCAGAACUGACGAAUCUCCUGAUGUAGCAAAAUAUACAAAUAAAAAGGAUGUUGAAUGCAUACCAGUGAAACUUACAAAUACUAUUUUGGAGAUACGCAACCAGUUUUUAAAGGUUUAUGAUAAACACUUAAGACGUUUAAAACAGUAUCAUGCCCUCAAUGGGAAUGUUGCUAAUCUAACAAAAUUUCAAAUACUUGGUGCCAAACAAAAAUUUUUAACCAGUAAUAUUGCUCGUGAUAUGCCAAAAUCUCUUGUUGGAUGUUUAAUAAAUGAUUUUACUAUUUGCAUGUCACUGGCAUAUGCUUUAGAGUUGUUGACUAUUUAUGGUGUCAAAGUAUUUUAUUUACAAUCGUUAGAAAUCAAGGAAAAUCAUAAAUGUUUAUCAAACGAUGCGGAUUUUCAAAAUCUUUUGCAUAGUAUUAACAACGAAUUGAAUUCUCAGGACUUGACUUGGAGUCACCCCAAACUAUUAGAGUUGAAAAAAAUUGUUCAAAACUAUUUUGGCAACACAAAUGUAGAAGCAAGUAGUAAGAUAAUAAUAUUCUGCCAGUAUCGGUUGGUUGUAGUAGAAGUGUUUGAACUUUUAAAAACAUUUGGUUCAUCUGUGAAACCAGUCAUGUUUGUUGGGCAAUCUCUUAAGGAAAAAGGGGGUCUACCACAAAAAAAACAAUUGGAGGUGAUGAGCCGAUUUAAAAGUGGAGAUUUCAAUGUAUUAAUUGCUACAAGUGUAGCUGAAGAAGGUCUAGAUAUUGGGGAAGUCGAUCUGAUUAUUUGUUUGGAGGCUAAUAAAUCUCCAAUUAAAUUUGUACAAAGACUUGGCCGUACUGGACGUAAAAGAUCAGGCAAAUGUAUUACUUUACUGACUGAAGGAAAAGAACAAAUUAAAUACAAUUCUAGUGUUUCUUCUAGCAAAACACUCGUAACCAAAAUGUUGAAAAGUAAAGUAAUACUUUCAAAGUUGGCUCCUGCAGGACCGAGAUUGGUGCCAAAACAUAUCCAUCCAAAAUGUUUAAUGAUUCACGUAAAAAAACCAGAAGAGUUGUUUCCAGAAAAGAAAAAACUUAAAGGCAAGAAAAAAGGAGUUGAAAAUAUUAUGCGAUAUGUAGAACCUAAUGAUGGUCAAAAUGAAAUAGACGAAGACGGAGAAGACGGACUCAAUAUUUUUCAAAAUAACAUAGAUAAACCAAAAAGAAGAUCUAAAAAACGAAAAACUGUCGAAUUAGAUGCAAUUGAAAAUGACUGUAGGGAAGUAAGAUCGCCCGAAGAAAAAAAUACAAACUUAGAUUGCGAAUACAAUUUUAAUGAUUAUAAUGAAUAUAACGCACCCAAUAUUAACGCGCACGGUGUAGCCGAUAGGACUGUAGACCGCUUCGUUGAUGAGGAAAAAUUGUUUAACGAAUGGAUGCAGUCGUGUGUUCAGACCAAUAAAAUAGUGAUGAACAGUCCGUUUUUGGAACUGUUAAAUUUGUUUACUGACCAUGGACAAUGUGAUACUGAACUUUUCAACAAUGAAUCGACGAAUGACUUGUUUAUGGAGCAUACCGACUUAGUCCAAAGGUCGAUUGGUCCAUCGGUAAGUGAAGAGCGCACGAUCCGCGUAAACGAUCAGUCAAUGAGAAACGUCGAUCGUUCGUUCCGAUCGAGCGAUAAUCUACGACUAGGAGGUUCACAGGUGGCCAGCACAUCCACAGCACGUGAUAUCAACUACUACACGGAAAAUACAGAACUUGAAGACAUAUUUGACGGACAUACUGACCAGUCUACUGUUAUGCGAACGUCCGAAAUUUGUAGUAGUAGCCACAAGACAGAAAUCGAUAAAAAGAACUGCUUGGGUAAACUCGAUUUCAACGAUCUGUACAAAAGUCAACGGGCUAACAGGGAUUUCAAUGAUUUCAUGGCGAGGAAUACGGAUUUCUCUGUAAAGCCGCUUACUAUAGAUGAUGACGAUAGUGAUCAUUCAGUGGAACUUGUACACUGCGUAGGCGACGAUAACUCUUCAGCGGAUAUCGCGACAAGAACCGUCCCAUCAAGCGACGACGAAGAUGGAGACGACGAUGUCAUGGGAAAUCUUGAUUUCGAAGAAUUAUUCAAGAGCCAAAGAGCUGACAGGUUCAUCGAAAAGUACAGCGAAGAAAUCGCCGCUGAAAGACCAAAGGUCAAUCAUUCGGCAGUCGUGCGUAGUGAUGGUGGCAAAAAAGUUGAGAUGGGUCAUAAGGAUGAAAUAGAUUACAGUGCAUUGUUCAAUAGCCAAAGAUCCAACGGGUACAUCGAAGACUUCAUGAUUAGGGAAACGGAAUCCCGUGUUUGUCAGUCAAAUGUAGGUGAUCGCGUUGUACGUCAUUUAAACGAUGACCAUUCAAUAGUGGAUAUUGAAACAAAAACCUUCGUAUGUGACGAUGACCAAGAUGAAGACGACGAAAUCUUGGGGAAUAUUGAUUUCGAAAAAUUGUACAAGAGUAGUCAGAGAUCCGACAUCUGUACGAAAAAAGAAAUCGCUUCCAAACAACAGAACGUCGAUCGACCGAUCGCUAACGGUGACCGGAGAAGUCCCAUCGUGUGUGGAGGCGCAUUAAAGGUCGGGAUAUCUAGUAAUCAGUCGAUCGGAAAGAUAGACUACAGUGUAUUGUUCAAAAGCCAAAGAUCUAACGGUUACAUCGAAGACUAUAUGAUUAGGAACACCGGAGCUCAAGUCCCGAGUGCUGUCGAUCGCGAUGUAAUUUACGUCGACGACAACGACGACGAUCAGGAUGAAGACGAUAAAGUGAUGGGGAAUCUUGAUUUUGAAAAACUUUUCAAGAGUCAGAGGGCCCCCAUGGUUACGGACAGAAGUGAUAGAAUAUCUGCAAAACGAUCGUACGUCGAAAACGCUGGGCGGAAGAGUCCAAUCGCGUGUGAUGACGGGCAAAAGGCGAAAACAGUCGAACGUCCGGGCAAAGUCGACUACAGCGCACUAUUCAAGAGCCAACGGGCCGACGGGUAUAUCGAAGACUAUGCUGAAAAGACUGUAGCAAAAACAGCCUGUGGAAAGGUCGGUGUGGCGGACCGUUUGCCGGACUCGGAUGUCCUGCAGGUCGUCAGCCUCAUUGACGACGAUGACGACGUUAUUUCCAUAAAAAGUUCUCCAGAAUUUUUCAGUUGCAGACCGCCAAAGAAGGUCGUUCAGACGAAACUGACGGGUCACGUUCGGGCCGAUUGCGAUGUCGAAAUCUUCGACUUGUCGUCGCCGCCACCGAGCUCGUUGCGUACCGCGACCGCAUCCUCCGUCUGUCGACCAAUUUCAGAAGAUAGAUUUCCUACUGGUGGUGUGACGUCGGGUCCUGUCGGUGGCAAUGGUCUGCUUCAAUUGCUCGACGACGACGAGGAUGACAUGGAUUUUAUGUUCAUCGAUUACAACAACGAAGUCGAUGCUGCUGCAGAAGUUUUCACGCAGAAACAUCGGGACGACGGUGAGACGAAGACGGCGGCCCGACUACCGUUACCGUCCGUCGUUCCGACAGUAAAACCAGCGCUCGAAGACGACGUGAAAAAGCGUGUCGGUCACUCUACACAAUCGUACGAAAACAGCAUGAUGCCGUUCAACAUAAUGAAGGCUGCACGUCUUGUUGAUUUACUUAAGCCGGGCUUGAGCAUGAAGAGGAGUACAACGACGGCGGCAUCGAAACGACUGGUCGACCACGGGUCAACGUCUACAGCGUUAAAGCGGCAGGUCGACACCGGAUCGACGUCUACAGCGUUAAAGCGGCAGUUCGACACCGGAUUGACGUCUACAGCGUUAAAGCGGCAGGUCGACAACGGGUCAACGACGCCUGUAUUCAAACGAAAGGUCGACAAUGGACCGACGACGCCUGUACCCAAACGACAGGUGGACAUCGGACAGACGUCGACGGCGUUCAAGCGACAAGUCGACCACGGGUCGAUGACAGCGUUGGCGUUAAAAAGAAAAUUCGAUAACGACCGAAGUCCAGCCGACGACAUGUCGCCUAUACAUGUCCCAAACGGGCCGCGGCGGCGUCCUCAGUUCUCGCAGUCUACUCCCAAAGUUCCCGUGCACCCCAAACAACGUGGACGAGAAACCGCCACGGCUACGACCACAGUCACUACCGCCGCCGAUACGGUCAAUUCUCUGUUGACGUCUAGCAGUGAUUCUGAUGCUUUCAUCGGCCGCGGCCGCAACGAAAAAACGACCAGUCCACGACGCCGAGUCAAGAAAAAACGACGACCAAAACCGAAAAAGAAACUCUUGUUCAUCGACGACGAAGCUGAUGUCAGCAAUUGCUACGGCGACGGAAACACCCUCAGCACGACUAGCUCUGAAAACGACGACGACGAUGAUAAACAAAAUGAAUUUGAUUCCAGUUUCAUCGAUGAUGACCACGAAAAGUCCGAUCAGAAGAGCAUGACUAAACAGUAUUUACAAUCGGUCAAGAGUCAGGCUAAUGUUCGAGGAGUUUUCAAGAUACCUCAGCUGAUGGGACAUCAUUACAACAUCGACGUUUACUCUCAGAUGGACGACCGGAAUGUGGAUAAUAACUACGAAGAGGAUUCGUUUUGCGUAGAAGACGCAUCAGAUUUAAACAAUACGUCGUCGACGACCAACACUAGCGCGCAUCGGACGUCAGACGAACGGCCGUCCAAGCCGCCGCCGUCACGGAAACGAAAACGCAUACUAAUGUCGCCGCAGAGUACGGACAGCAGCGACAGUUCCGAAGAGCUGCUGCAGUUCCGCCGGAAGCGCGGCAAGGCGAAAACUUCGUUGGACUUCAGUUGACCGCGGUCGGGCUAUGGAUUUUGGUCCGGUUCGAUCCGCCAAUCUUUUUAUAUCUGUUAAAUUUUUUUCGCGUACACUUAUUUUCAUCGGUAGCGUUUUUUUAUUGUACCAUCCGCUGCAUCCCCUUACAGAUACGAUACACUUGUCCGCGAUAUCGUAAUAUUGUACACUUACGAGUCGUGGGCAUGACUGACCGCGUAUCGCUAUCGGUUAGUUAUUUUUCUAAUUUUUGUUUUAUUAAUUUAACUGCACAUUCCUAUAUUAUACUUAUACACCACCAUUAUACCUAUAUAAAAAUGUUUAUUUGUUUUUUUUUUUUUAUAUACAUAAUUAUUAAAUAUUUAUAUGUGAUAACCAACAGAAUAUUGAAAAACGGAUAUUUACGUGUGAUGUUUUGAUCAGAGUUUUA